AUGGGGAGGGACCCCGGGGCCCCCACUGCCAACGUGAUCCCCACAGACGGGAACCCUGUGCGGCCCGGGGCCCCCACUGCCAACGCGAUCCCCGCGGACAGGAACCCUGUGCGGCCCGGGGCCCCCACUGCCAACGCAACCCCUGCGGACGGGAACCCUGGCCAGAGCACGGAGCAAGGCCUCCAGCAGGUGGACACCUUGGUGGCCCGGUACCGUCAUGGCUGCCUCUGGUGGGGGCUUCCCUGGCUGCCCGUCCUGCGCCUCUUCCACCCCAGCACCCUCCGGCCACUCCUCAGAGCCUCAGCUUUUGUGGCCCCCAAGGACAAAAUUUUCUACGGCUUCCUCAAGCCCUGGCUGGGGGAGGGGCUGCUGCUGAGCGGCGGGCAGCGCUGGGCGCGGCACCAGCGGCUCCUGACGCCCGCCUUCCACGGGGAUGUGCUCCGGAAUUACCUGGGAAUCUUCAACCAGAGCACCCGCGUGCUGCUCGCCAAGUGCGAGGCAGCAGCAGCAGCAGCUGGCGGGGGGCCGGUGGAGUUGGAGGUGCUGCAGCCCCUGAGUCUCCUCACCCUGGACACGCUCCAGAAGUGCAUCUUGAGCCACGAGAGCCACUGCCAGGAACGGCCCAGCGAGUACAUCCAGGCCAUCCUGGAGCUGAGCUCGUUGGUGGUCCAGCACCAGCUCUGGCCACUCCUCCACCCGUGGUGGCUCUACAGCCUCUCCUCUGACAGCCGGCGCUUCGCCCGCGCCUGUGCCACCGUCCACGCCUUCACCGCCAACGUGGUGCAGCGCCGGCACCGUGCACUCGCCUCCCUGGGCCACCAGGCCUGGCUGGAUGGCCACCUGGGACACAGCAUGGACUUCAUCGACCUCCUGCUGCUCACCAAGGACGAGAACGGCCACACCCUGUCAGAUGAGGACACAGCAGCUGAGGCUGACACCUUCAUGUUUGAGGGCCACGACACCACGGCCAGUGGCCUGGCAUGGCUCUUCUACAACCUGGCCAGCCACCCUGAGCACCAGGAGAGGUGCUGCCAGGAGGUCCAGCAGCUCCUGGCUGGCCAGGACACUGCAGACAUUGAAUGGGAGGACCUGUCCCAGCUGCCCUUCACCACCAUGUGCAUCAAGGAGAGCCUUCGGCUGCACCCUCCUGUCACUGCUGUCCGGCACUGCACCGAGGACAUCCCCCUGUGUGAUGGCCGUGUCAUCCCCAAGGGGGUCAUCUGCCUGAUGAGCAUCUAUGGGACUCACCACAACCCAGACCUCUGGCCCAAGCCCAAGGUGUUCAACCCCCUGAGGUUCAGCCCAGAGAACAGCAAGGGACGGUCCCCAUCAUCCUUCAUCCCCUUCUCUGCUGAGCCCAGGAACUGCAUCGGGCAGAGCUUUGCCAUGGCUGAGAUGAAGGUGGUAGUGGCACUGACCCUGGCCCGGUUUGUGCUGCCGAGGGACGCAGCGAGGCCACCCCCGCGCCGCAAGCCCGAGCUGAUCCUGCGUGCCGAGGACGGGAUCUGGCUGCUGCUGGAGCCACUGGUGGGACUGGCCUGAGGGACACGGGUCACCACGACAUGGGGACACUCUGCAAGGUGUCUGGAGGAAGAGCAGGGAAUUAACGGUAGCAUGAAGGGGACAGUAUCGUGGUGGUGGUGGGGAUGUGUUGUCCUUGGUCAUGGCAAACCUCAUGGCAUGGACAUGGACACCCACGGACUUGUCCCCUAGGCCACUUGACACCAUCCAUGGCCACGUCCCUCAUGUCCUCAUGCAUGGCCAUACAUGCCCAUGUCACCAUCUGUGUCU